UUACAGAAUGAGGUCGGUGCGCUGUUGGAGUUUAGGGACAUGGUCAUGGACACGUUCCCGCACCUGCGUCACAAGCAGGCGUCCAGCCCGGAGCCGAGCUCGGGGUCACAGGGCGUCGGUUCCGGAGAGAGCCGCUGGGAGCCUGGGGUGCGAGUCCGCCGGAAGUUGCAGGGAUCAUCAUCGGGAUGGAUCGCCGGUGCGGGCGGUGGCGGCGCUGGGGGAAGUGGCGUCGUACUGGCGGCCGCGGCUGGGACGGCGCCUCGGAGCCGGAGUAACAGCCACGGGAAGGGCCCGAAGAGCGGCGAACCGGCGGCCGCUUCGUCGGUGGGCACCGUGCAGGACAGCGGCUUCUGCACGGAGAGCAAGGACAGCAGCUCGACUAGCUCGCGGACGACGAUGACUACCAAGAACUGCGGCAAGGACGACGACGAGGACGAGCUGUGGAGCCUGCUGGAGAUGAUCCAGGACAAGGGCACCAAGCUCAAGCUGGAGGUGGAGUCGUUGCAAAACCGAUUGCUGGUGGACGAUGAGCGGUUGCGGCGACGCCGGCGCCGGCUACGGUUGCGACCGUGCCGCAGUGUGGACGACCUGCUGCAACCAGGGACGCGUGACGACGACUUACUCAGCACCUACUGCAGCGGCGUCACCACCGACUACGAUGUGUUCCGGGCGCACGUGGCGACCGUAAAACGCGAACGGGACGCGYUGCUCGAYCGAGUCACCGAAAUGGAAGCGGAGAGCCUGUCGAACGCGGCGCAAAUCCAUCGGCUGCUCACCGAACUCAAGACUGUCGUGUGCGAGAACAAGGAACUCGAAGAACGGCUGUGCGGUGGCAAGUCGCCAUCGGCCGCCGCAGCCAUAGCAGCCGCGACCAUCGCUGCGAGGAAAUCGUCAUCUAGUCAUAACGGCGGUGGCUUCGCGCCGGUUCAGCCCGAUUCGUCGACGGGACCCAGUUCGUCGUCGGCCGGCCGCGACGCAUUCUACACCCCUAGCCAACAUUCGGCGUGCAACUUGUCGUCCAUCGAACUGCAGUGCAGCAAAUUAUUGCACGACGGUUCGUCGUCCGCGUCCUGUGCGUCGUUGUCUUCGUCAUCCGCCAUGAUGGACGACGACGGCAGCGGUGAACGGGAUAGGGACCGCCACCGGUCCAGRAGAGUCCUAAUGGUCCGACCGUCCGACCCGAUCUCCCGGAACCUAGAGGGCCGCGCAUCGUCGCCGGCGUUAGACAUCGGGUCGCCGACGUUCGCCAAGCGGCUGGGCGCCYUGGACGGCGUGGUCAGCAGUCCCAGUGACCGGAUCAACAAACCCCAUGCACCAGGAUUCAGCACUCCGUUGCCCAAAAAAACCCUAGCGGCUAUACUGAAAACGUUCAAUCCCAUCGAACUUCAGCGUCACCUCAUCACCGUAUCCUACGAAAACAAGAAUCUCGUCCGUCAGAUGGAGAUGUUGAACAUUUCCAAGAACAACGUUUCCAACGAGCUGAACAAGAGUAAAGAGGAUAACGAAGAACUGAAAUUCCAACUGGAGGAAAAGCGAAUCGAGCUGGAAGGGACCAUGGCCCGGGUGAGGUUGUUGCAAUURCACCAGGAACAGCAGCAACACGGCCCCGUCGUCGCGGGAUCGCAGUCUGCCGGCACUUCGGCCGCGGCCACUAACCAGUGGCUAGAUCUGGUGCCAUCAAACCCGAUCCUACCUCAGAUCGCGCUGCCGGGAACGCCUUCGGCGGCGGUCUCCACCCCACAUACGAGCAACAACCACCUGCACCAUCAUCACCACAAUCACAGUCAGGACKAGAACGGUGGCAGCAGCAGCACCGAGUCGGCGCAUCAGACCCGUAGCGGCAGACACGGCGUACAGCAUCAGCCCAGCAAGAUACCGGUGGUCAAGCCGUCGUCGUGCCCGGUGCAGCCCAGACCGACGUCUUCGUACCGCGGAAGCGACGUGCAGCAGUACCAGUCGUGGACCAAAUGCAAGUCGGACCAAUCGUUGCCCCGCAACUGGGAGUCCAUCAACAACAACAAGAGCAACGGCGGGUCGUCCAUCGGCAGUGGCGGUGGUGGCGUCAAACAGCGCGGCAACAAAACCGACUCGUCGYAUAAUCACCUGCACCAACACAGGUCCCGAAGGGAUUCGGGCGGCGGUGGCGGCGGAGUGUCUCUGACGCGAGCCCGGUCGCAAAACAAUCACUCGCACCGGGGCGGCGUCGCGRCGUCACCGUCGACAGCGGGUGGCGUGGCCAAAGACUUUAACAGGACUGCGUCGGCGGUGUCCGCGGGUCAUCAGCUGCAGUUGCUGCAACAACAGCCGGCGGCUGACGAUACCAACAAGCCCGCCGCCAAGAAACUGUUCCGGCGCCGUAACCUCGUGCGGCAGAGCCGUUGUUUGAUGGAAGCCUGUAAGAAACCGGUCCUGCCGGCCGUCGACGAAGUACAAGAGCCACCGGACGACUCCACGGCCGCAAGACUUCGCGACUUGGACGACGGGGCCGACCACGAUGACGACGAAUUUUUCUUCGACAGCAUCGAAAGCAGUCUGGCCACGAGCGCGUGUAGCUCCCGACCACCGCCACCCGAAUGCGACUCUAUCGAUCUGUCGCAACCCGACUCGUCGUUGACGGCCACGUCUUGAUUGACCGUCGGCGGUUUUCCGUCAUAAUAUUUAUAUUACUUACUAUCAUUAUAAUAUUAUACUUAAAGUCAUACGGACACUUUGCAUACGACGAGAUGGGAAAGAAGAAAUGUUUUAUUUUGCCAUUUUUUUUUUUUUUUUUGUUACCCUCUCGUCUUUACCGCAUAGACAUUAUGACGUACAUCGUCGUCAUCCUAUGUAUUAUAUAACGUAACACACAUAUCAUCAUCAUCAUCAUCUUAAUCAUCAUCAACGACAAUAACAACAACACCACCAUCUAAUCCUUUUCGCGUCCUCGUCACGUCUGUAUAUUUAGGUAUAUCUACAUAAUAUUAUAUAUACUAUACAGCACUUCCCAAGACGAUAUUUUGGACUUGACGAUGAUUAUAUUGCCAUACCACACGCGCAUAAUAUAUAAUAUUAUGUAAUAAACACGUACACGAUGUUGUCAUUACGAGUAUAAUAUAUAUAUUUAUAAUAUGUAUUAUUAAUUUUUAAGUGUUACAAUGUUUAAAAUCAAUUUUUGACGAUAAAUCAUUCGUUUGCCAUCCUUACACUAUUAUUUGUCUAUAUAUAUAUUUAUACGAUUAUCAAUGUAAAUUUUUAAUUUUUUUAAACCAAUUUUUAUUUUUUGGUUUUAUUGAUGCGUUGAGCAAUGAAUAAAACUGUCUUUUAGUACGUUUAGCCUGUCGCGUCUAGAUGCCGCCGUGCUGUUUCACUUUUUGAAACUACGGUAAACCAUACCUUAUGAUACAGGACCGUCAACGUGAAAAGCCUGUAAAAACACCUUUCUGGUUUAUUAGCUAUAAUUUAAAAAACAUUUUUCAGAAAAUCUGGUCCAAAGAAAAUAUACAACUAUAUAAUAUUGUAAUAUAACAUUGUCGUAAUACUUUUUGUUUAAUUACAUUUGUGGUGCUCAUACGGUUGGAGAAAUUGAAAUAUAAUGCAAUAUAUUAUUAUUAUACAAUACGCAUGUACAACAAUACUGCAAGGUACCCAUAUAAUAUUAUUAUGUAAUCGGAAAAAAAUUAACGUACUUACCUAUUUUUUUUUUCUGUCAGCGUCUCUAGUUCUCUACAUUCCAGACAUAAACAUAUUGCAUAUUAUUAUUUUUAUUAUUAUUAUUUUCCAUAAAUCGUAUUUAUAUAUUAUAUACAUUUAGACUGAUUAUUGCGUAGUAAUUGUAUAAUCUGAAUUCCAACCCCGACAUUUUUCCCGAUAGUCGAUCUUCUCUCCCCCCGCGCCAUCGAGAAUUGAUUAUACGUUUUCUAACACAUUUGUUUUUAAACCCGUGGGUUUGUUUCCAUUGCUAACUUUACACGGAAAAAUGUGUUCUAAUUUAUCGCUUACACGCAUAGAGAAAAAAAAUUCAACGUAUAAAUCCACAGUAAUGGGGUCAUGUAUCUCCUGCAUUCACUAUAAAUAUAUAUAUAUAUAACCAUCCUUAAUCUCCCUACCGCCCUUUUUUCCAAUACAAAAUUUUAUUAUAUAUUUAAGUUUAAUGAAUAAAAACAAAGCUCACUGAUGAUAUAAUACUUUAUAGAA